UAAAGACCCGUAUUGUGUUGGGAUACGGGACCUGCGCCACAGUAGAGUGUUGACAAGGUUUUAUAGUGUAUCAUUAAAAAUGGAUUUUGAGGAAUUAUUUGAUGAAAGGACUUUCUCAUUUUCCGACUUCCAAGAGUUUACGUUUCUCCCUGGUCACCAGAAACUAACAGAACGGGUACGGAAGCGUUUGUAUUAUGGAUUGGAUGCAGACUGUACUCUAGAUGCACUUUCAGGUCCUGUUACUGAUAUUGCUGUGGAACUGCUUCACAAAUCUGCACCAAGUCCAAUCCGUAAACUCCACAAGAAGUAUGCAGCACACGUGGCAAGGGAAGCGUGUAUUUCUCCCUGUGCCAUGAUGCUGGCUUUGGUUUACAUUGAAAGGCUGAGACACAGAAACCCUGAGUACCUUCAACAAAUCUCCUCAUCUGACCUUUUUUUGAUCUCAAUGAUGGUUGCCAGCAAGUACCUGUAUGAUGAGGGAGAGGAGGAAGAGGUGUUCAAUGAUGAAUGGGGAGCUGCUGGGAAGCUGGAUGUGCACACAGUUAACAGCCUGGAGAUGAACUUCCUCAAAGCCAUUGACUGGAGUCUCUACGCUGAUCCCAGCGAGUUUUUUGAAAUCUUAAUCCGACUGGAAACCUGUAUUGCAGAAAAGCAGGGUUUGAAGCGAGGCUGGUUUACCUACACUGACCUAUGUGUGUUACUGGAGCAGUCGACAUGGCAACAAGCAUUUACUCACAUGUAUCGACACUUCGCCAAACUGGCCUGCAUGUUCAGCCUGGUUUACCUCACCAGUGUUGCUGGUUUGAUCGCCUCCACAGCUGUACUUCAGCAAAUGUUGUUCGUAAGAGUGAAGCCGCCCUCUGCUGUCCUCCAGCAGAGCGAGACUCUGGGGUUUCCACUGCAGCCCCUGAGCCCUGUGGUGCCCCCUCAGUAUGUCUCCACCUCCGACCUUCGCUGCUGCAUCUGGGGUAAUGACAGUCGAGACAGGCGCUCUGGCACAGCUACUACAGCACUCUGUUUCUGGGGCUCCUUUCUCCCCACCCUGACCUACUGCACUGACCCUCAGGCUGCCCAAGAGACUGACCAACUCCCCCUUUAUUGCCCUAAUUGCCUCAAAAUGCCCAAGGAGUCCGGACUGCCCCCUAAGUGUGGAAAACCCAACACAACAGAAUAUGGCUCUCCCCACGAACAUCUUCCUCUUGGACUGGGUUUGUGGUCUGGACCUCAUGAUGGACAAGGGCUAAAAGGCGAGGAGAGCGGUGAGGGUGUCUCCAGGAGACUGGCCGACCCUCUGUUUAGCGGUCUGUCCCCAGAAGCCCUGAGAAUACGUCAGUGUUUUAUAGAUGCAACAGCACCUUUGGGGAAGGUCCAGACCUUUGUUUUGCCAAGCUAGAAAGGGAAGGCCAAUUACAAACCAGCACAUUCGAUUUCUAUUUUAAAAACAGAUUGAAAAUAUUCUCUCUCAAUGUGGGCUCCAUUGUUCUCCUGUAUUUAUACAUACUGGAACUAACUGGUUUUGUGCAAUGGAAAGCUGAGCCAUGUGUUUUCUCUCCCUCAUAGUGUAUUGUAAAUAACAUUCUUUACCAACACAGUUUAUCAAGGCUUGAUUACAUUACAGUAGGGCAGUGUCUUUUUGGAAACAGGCUCAAAGGGCUGUUCUGAAAUAACUUUCUUUAUACAAAGCUUUCCCAUCACACCUAAGAAAUCAUAUCCGCCAGCAUGAUCUGCACAUAUGUAGGGAUUGUGCAUAUAACCAUUCAUGGAAGAAAAUGAAUGUUGGCUUUCACUCCAGAAAAUACUUCACUCUAUUCAAUAUACUUUUAAUUUUUAUUCCAUCAUUGUUAUAUGACAACGUACAUUUAAACUUGUCAUAACUAAGGGUUAAAAAUCCAGUUCCCCACCCUGAUUUAUUCUGGUGCCCCUGUUGUGUUCAAUUUGUCAUAUCUACUUUGUGUAGACAAGUAGCUGCUACAUACAAAAUGUGUUUGUUGAGCUGAGAUGCAAUUCUUUGUGGACUUAAAGGAUACCUAAUAACCUUUUUUCUAUUGUUACAUGUUCCCAUUUGUUGCUACAACUGUUUACGUAAGCUGUGUUUAUUGUUUUAAUUAUCAUUUUUCUU